AUGGCGCGAAUGGGAAUGGGAAGCGGUGGAAAUGCUUAUGGAGGUUUAGUUCCUCCUCCUCCACCGUUGAUGGUCCCUUCUAUGGCUAACAGAGACUGCACCAACGGUUCUUCAGCUCCUUUAAAUGACCCAUACAGUGCUUUUCUCGCACAGACAAUGAAUAUGGAUCUCUACAACAAAAUGGCUGCAGCGAUCUAUAGACAACAGUCUGAUCAGGCUACCAAGGUAAACACCGGCAUGCCUUCAAGUUCUUCGAAUCACGAGAAAAGAGAUUAG